GGGCUCGCAACUUGGCGCACUCUUCUUGGUUUGAAUCAGGUCUGUGAAACGCGCAAGGCAUGACCUGGAAGUACAACACUACGAGGUGCAUUUUAGUCCCGUGAUUGCCUUUUGUUGAUGUCCUUGAUCCGGUCUAGUCGAUCUUGUUGGCGAUCUCAUGUCUUAUUGUCUUUUGUCUUAUCAUGUUUAGAGUAGCACCGAAGUGCUCCAUUUCACCGCCCAGCGAACCUCCAUGAUUCCAUAUUAUCUUCCGUAUAUUCAUUUCAGCUGACUCCCGCACAACAUGUAAAGGAGCGCUGUCUGGUUCUACCUGGACCGCCCCUUCGUUUGCUACCCUCUACCUUCCCGUGUUUCUUCCGGGCUCACCACGACAUCUUUGAACAUGGAAAGUAAAGAGGAAGUUCCUCCUUACAAUGUGCCUGCCCUACGACAAAGACACGGACGCUCACAUGCAGACGUUCCCGAGGAUGUUGCUGUUGCACUACUACAUUUGAACGACCCCAACUGGGACUUCUCCGGGUCGGAUACAGCAUCUUUCGAGACGAGUAGUUUCAUCUUUGACGAGGAACCUCAGAGCCCACCGCCGAAGUUCUCAGGCAGUUUCGACAUACCUCGAAGAUCAAAAGAAGGACUAUCUGACUAUGAUACUGAGUCUCAAGUUAGUUCGGGAUUACAUUUUCAGUCGGCUGAGGCGGUUGAGUAUGAGGAUGAGUCCCCGUACGCAGAAGUCCGAGCAGCAGUCUCGAAUACGGACGAUCCAAAUAUGCCCGUCAAUACGUUUCGCAUGUGGUUUCUUGGUAUACUGAUCACGUUGAUCAUUUCUGCCGUCAACCAGUUCUUCUCCAUGCGAUACCCGUCUGUUUAUGUGUCUGGCAUCGUCGCGCAGCUUAUAGCACUUCCCUGUGGAAAAUUUCUGGAGCGGGCCCUCCCUACAACCCGAUUUACUACGUUCGGAUACACUUGGACACUAAAUCCAGGCCCCUUCAAUAUCAAGGAACAUACGCUUAUCACCGUCAUGGCCAACGUUGUAGCAAGUGGCGCGUAUGCGACCGAUGUCGUUGCGACACAGCGAAUUCAUUUUCACCAGAAUUGGGGACCGGGAUACCAGCUUGUGCUUUGCUUCUCGUCUCAGAUUCUCGGGUUCGCAUUCGCAGGAAUCGUCCGCCAGUUCUUGGUCUGGCCAUCAGCGAUGAUCUAUCCAGGCGUUUUAGUAAAUUGCGCUCUUUUCAACACUCUGCACGGUAGCUACGGAAAGCGAGAAGGAAGGCAUAUGAGUCGCCAACGAUUCUUUUUGUAUGCGAUGAUAGGUAGCUUCAUCUGGUAUUGGUUCCCCGGAUACAUCUUUACUGCGCUCUCGGUCUUCAACUGGGUGUGCUGGAUUGCUCCAAACAAUGUGGUCAUCAACCAAUUGUUUGGAUACCAGUCAGGAUUGGGAAUGGGCUUCCUGACCUUCGAUUGGAGUAUGAUCUCGUACAUUGGAAGUCCGCUUGUCAUUCCAUGGUGGGCUCAGGUCAACACUAUCGUGGCGUUUGUUAUUGUAGCGUGGAUAAUAGCACCUAUCAUCUACUAUAAGAACGCGUUCUAUGCCAAGUACCUUCCAAUGUCUGCGGCGACGACAUUCGACAAUACUGGCAUGCAAUAUGAUGCCAGCGCUGUGAUUCAGGAUGGGACCUUCAAUCUGGAUCUGUACAAGGCCUAUUCGCCGUUAUUCAUGCCAGUCACGUUCAUCUUAUCUUACGGGGUGACAUUCGCAUCGUUCACAUCCGUCGUUGUCCACACUUAUCUGUGGUAUCGGCGCGAUAUUGCAACUCAAGUUCGUAAAUCGUUGAAAGACAAUCGUGAUGUUCACAGUCGCCUUAUGGCAAUUUAUCCGGAAGUCCCGCAUACGUGGUAUGCCCUCCUUGGACUUGUCGCAUUUGGCUUGGCAAUCGCUGCAGUUCGUGUAUGGGAUACGAAACUCCCUGUCUGGGGUCUCAUCGUAGCACUUCUUCUCGCCAUAACCUUUAUCGUACCCGCUGGAAUCAUUCGUGCAAUAACGAACCAGACGGUGGCAUUGCAGGUGCUGGCUGAGCUCAUUGUUGGCUAUGUCCUUCCUGGUCGUCCGAUCGCAAUGAUGAUCUUCAAGACCUUCUCGUUUAUGACUAUGCACCAGGCGCUUAAUUUUGUCUCGGAUUUGAAGCUCGGGCACUAUAUGAAGGUACCUCCACGUCUCAUGUUCUUGGCACAAGUCAUAGCAACAACAGAAUGUGUGGUUGUCGUCGUAUUUGUCCAGCAGUGGAUGUUUGCAAAUAUCCCUGACAUGUGCACGGAAAACCAAAAACACAUGUUCACUUGUCCGAGUACUUCGACUUUCGCUUCUGCAGCGAUCAUCUGGGGCGGAAUUGGACCGGCUCGCUUGUUUAGUCCGGGAGGCCUCUAUUAUCCUCUCGUUUACUUCUUCCUCAUCGGCGCUCUCCUCCCGAUACCAUUCUACUACUUCGCAAAGCGUUACCCGCUCUCAUUCUGGCGUUAUGUGAACAUACCCGUCAUGUUGUCCUCUCUUGGGGUGAUGCCACCAGCGACUGGAAUUAACUUUUCGUCCUGGUUCAUGUUCGGGGCAUUCUUUCAGUAUUUCAUGCGUCGUUGUCAUUUCCGAUGGUGGUUGCGCUUCAACUACAUUCUAUCCGCGGCUCUCGACUCUGGUGUAGCCAUAGCGCUUAUUAUUAUUUUCUUCGCUCUACAAUUUCCGAAAGGUGGUAUCGAACUGAAUUGGUGGGGAAACACCGUAUGGACCAACACCGAUGACUACAACGGCACGCCGUACAUCACGCUGCAAGAGGGACAGACGUUUGGGCCAACGACCUGGUCAUGAGCAUUACGAGUUGAACGAUUAUUUUAUGACGAUACACCUUUUGCAAAGUUAUAUCAUUGGCACGUUUCAGAUGCACCUUCAUUCACGAUCGCAAGUUCCUUCCUUCACAACUAUUUUGCUAGCCUGACAUGGUUGGCCUGUAUUUAUCGUCUUCGAAUUUCCUAGGGUAGAUAUUUACUAGGCUUGUGCGAGCCGACGAUUUUGCUUAAAAAUACUAUUCAAUGUACUAUGUAGAUUAGAGAUCAUGGCAACUGAGAGUCAAUUUAUAAAUGCC